AACAGCUCAUGAUUCUUCAAAACUCAUCACUGCGACAAUGAGGCUUCUUCUUGUUCUCUCUGUUUUUUCUUUUCUUCUUUUCUUCUCUUACCAUGCAGGGGCUUAUGAUCCUUUGGAUCCAAAUGGAAAUAUAACGAUCAAAUGGGAUGUCAUGUCUUGGACAGCUGAUGGUUAUGUGGCAACAGUAACAAUGCACAACUUCCAAAUGUACCGUCACAUAAUGAACCCAGGCUGGACCUUGGGUUGGUCAUGGGCAAAGAAGGAAGUGAUAUGGUCAAUGGUUGGAGCUCAAACCACAGAGCAAGGAGACUGUUCCAAGUUCAAAGGCAAUGUCCCUCACUGCUGCAAGAAGACUCCAACAGUGGUGGACUUCCUUCCUGGGGUACCCUACAACCAGCAAUUCACAAACUGUUGCAAAGGUGGGGUCAUCCCUGCGUGGGGCCAGGACCCUGCUGGGGCCAUCUCUUCCUUUCAGGUCAGUGUUGGCCAAGCUGGUACUUCUAAUAAGACUGUUAAGUUGCCUAAGAACUUCACUCUCCUUGCUCCUGGUCCUGGUUAUACUUGUGGCCCUGCUAAGGUUGUUCCUUCUACUGUGUUUCUUACUCCCGAUAAGCGCCGAAAGACUCAAGCUCUCAUGACAUGGAACGUAACCUGCACUUACUCCCAAUUCCUUGCAAGAAAGAACCCAAGUUGCUGUGUGUCUUUGUCAUCAUUUUACAACGACACAAUCACACCAUGUACAGCUUGUGCUUGUGGCUGCCAGAACAAGAAGAACUGUGUCAAGAGUGGCUCCAAAUUCCGCGGCGAUAAAGGGCUUCACACUACAAAAAAGGACAAUGACCAGUUGUUACAGUGUACUCAUCACAUGUGCCCUAUCAGAGUGCAUUGGCACGUGAAGCUCAACUAUAAAGACUAUUGGCGAGUCAAGAUUGCCAUAACAAAUUUCAAUUACAAGAUGAAUUACACCCUUUGGACUCUUGCUGUGCAACAUCCAAAUCUCAAUAAUGUCACACAAGUCUUCAGCUUCGAUUACAAGCCUCUUGUUCCCUACGAGUCUGUCAAUGAUACUGCUAUGUUCUUUGGCAUGAAGUAUUAUAAUGAUCUAUUGAUGGAAGCUGGGCCAUCUGGGAAUGUUCAAUCUGAAGUGCUUAUGAGGAAGAACAAGGAUACUUUUACCUUCAAGCAGGGUUGGGCUUUCCCUCAUAAGGUUUACUUCAAUGGUGAUGAGUGCAUGUUGCCACCACCUGAUUCAUACCCAUUUCUCCCGAGUUCUGCUUCUCUAAACCUCUUCAACUUCCCAAUAUUCAUAUUCUCUUUGCUCUUCAUCAUGUUAUUUUGCUUGAUGAAUUCUUGAACAAGGUUGGUGAAAAUUUCAAGUAUUGAUGUGCACAUCAUCUGAAGAGGUGGGCCUCACUUUUACUUAUGCGCCCCCCCACAGAAGUAAAGUGAGACCCAUCUUUUUGUUUUUGUCUAUCUCUCUCUACAAGUGCACUUUGGGGGGUCGAAAUUCAUGAAUGCUCAUAUCUUCCUAAUUCUGCUCCUCAGAUGUACUUAUCUUCCCGGUAUUCAUCUUCUCACCGCUGUUUCAUGAAUUUGAACAUGUUUUGUGUAAAGAGUGGCUAGAUGCAUAGCAGAUGAAGAUAAUGAAAUAACAGGCAGAAAAGAUUUGAGUUCGUUGGGAAGGAUUGAACCAGAAUCCUGCUUAUGAUGUAUGUAUUUGGUGAUGUAUAUAUAAAAGCAUUAAAACAGUGCUCUAUAUAUAUGUGUAGCUCACAUAAAUGAUUGUGUCUCAUGACUUGCUGUUUUUGCAAUGAGCUGAUAAAUUCAAUCUCC